UGAGGUGUUGACUUCUCCAUCUCUUGUGUGCUUUGGGGGAGCUUUCCACUCUGCCAGAGGAAACACACUUAGAAAAAGCACGAACGUCAAUCCCCGCCAUUCCCUCGGGGUCUCCCAACCUCCCCCAGCCUCCAGAGAGCAAAGCGCGAAGGGGCGCGGCAGCCCGGACCAGCCCACAGCCACACGCAGCCUCGCAGCCUCUCCAGUCCCCUGCCGUCGCAGCUGCAGCCGGUCGGAGAUGGGGCAGUGGCGGGGGCGUAGGGGCUGCACAGGGAGCCUUGGUUGUUAGCUCCCAGGUCUAGGUGCGUGCAGCCGCCUUGAGCAGCUCGUAGCCAGCGUGGGUCUGCGGUGACAGUGCAGUGAAGGCUGGGCACCGGCUCGAGCUGGGACCCCGGAGGCACGAGCCAUGACGGACGCCAGCCAAAAGAAGGAGGGCUUCAAGAAAUGUAGGAGCGCCACUUUCAGCAUCGAUGGGUACAGCUUCACCAUCGUUGCAAAUGAAGCAGGAGAUAAGAAUGCCCGUCCACUUGCCCGCUUCUCCCGGUCUAAGUCACAGAACUGUCUGUGGAACUCCCUCAUUGAUGGGCUCACUGGGAAUGUCAAGGAGAAGCCACGGCCAACAAUUGUUCAGGACACCCGACCCCCGGAGGAAAUUCUGGCAGAUGAAUUGCCACAACUGGAUAGCCCAGAAGCUUUGGUGAAGACGUCCUUCAGAUUACGGUCUUUGGUCAAGCAGUUGGAACGAGGGGAGGCCUCUGUGGUGGAUCUGAAGAAGAACCUGGAAUAUGCAGCGACCGUGCUUGAAUCUGUAUAUAUCGAUGAAACAAGGCGACUUCUGGACACAGAGGACGAGCUUAGUGACAUUCAGUCAGACGCUGUGCCUUCCGAGGUCCGAGACUGGCUGGCCUCCACCUUCACGCGACAGAUGGGGAUGAUGCUUAGGAGAAGCGAUGAGAAGCCCCGGUUCAAGACCAUCGUCCAUGCAGUGCAAGCUGGGAUAUUUGUGGAGAGAAUGUAUAGGCGGACAUCAAACAUGGUUGGGUUGAGCUAUCCACCAGCUGUUAUUGACGCAUUAAAGGAUGUGGACAAAUGGUCCUUCGAUGUGUUUUCCCUCAACGAGGCCAGUGGAGAUCACGCACUGAAAUUCAUUUUCUAUGAAUUACUCACACGCUAUGACCUGAUCAGCCGUUUUAAGAUCCCCAUUUCUGCACUUGUCUCAUUUGUGGAGGCCCUCGAAGUAGGGUACAGCAAGCACAAAAAUCCUUACCACAACCUGAUGCAUGCCGCUGAUGUCACGCAGACUGUGCAUUACCUUCUCUAUAAGACAGGAGUAGCAAACUGGCUGACAGAACUGGAGAUCUUUGCCAUAAUCUUCUCGGCUGCCAUCCACGACUAUGAACACACUGGAACUACCAACAAUUUCCACAUUCAGACACGGUCGGAUCCAGCUAUCUUGUACAAUGACAGAUCUGUACUGGAGAACCACCACUUGAGUGCAGCCUACCGCCUUCUGCAGGAUGACGAGGAGAUGAAUAUUCUGGUCAACCUCUCAAAGGAUGACUGGAGGGAGUUUCGCACCUUGGUAAUUGAGAUGGUAAUGGCCACGGAUAUGUCCUGUCAUUUCCAGCAAAUCAAAGCCAUGAAGACAGCCUUGCAGCAGCCAGAAGCAAUUGAAAAGCCGAAAGCCUUAUCCCUGAUGCUGCACACAGCGGACAUCAGCCACCCUGCAAAAGCCUGGGACCUGCACCACCGCUGGACCAUGUCUCUCCUGGAGGAGUUCUUCAGACAGGGUGACAGAGAAGCCGAGCUGGGGCUGCCGUUUUCUCCUCUCUGUGACAGAAAGUCAACUAUGGUUGCUCAGUCACAAGUGGGUUUUAUUGACUUCAUUGUGGAGCCCACCUUUACUGUGCUCACGGAUAUGACUGAGAAGAUUGUGAGUCCCUUAAUCGAUGAAAGCUCCCAGACUGGUGGGACCGGCCAGAGGCGCUCAAGUUUGAACAGCAUCAACUCCUCAGAUGUAAAGCGAUCAGGUGUCAAGAGUUCUGGGUCAGAAGGAAGCGCUCCCAUCAACAAUUCUGUCAUCCCUGUUGACUACAAGAGUUUUAAAGCCACUUGGACAGAGGUGGUGCACAUCAAUCGGGAGCGGUGGCGGGCCAAGGUGCCCAAAGAAGAGAAAGCCAAGAAGGAAGCUGAAGAGAAGGCUCGCCUGGCUGCUGAGGAAAAGCAAAAGGAAAUGGAAGCCCAAAGCCAAACUGAACAAGGCAAAGCUGAGAAGAAGACAUCAGGAGAAACGAAAGGUCAAGUCAAUGGAGCCCGUACAAACAAGGCGAAGAACCCCAAAGGCGACAAGACAGGAGAAAAACAGCAGAAUGGUGACUUGAAAGAUGGGAAAAAUAAGGCAGACAAGAAGGAUCACUCCAGCACCGGAAAUGAUUCAAAGAAAACAGAUGAUCCAGAAGAGUAGAAAAGACCUCACAUAGACUGAGGCUGCCAGUGUCUCGCGCCAUUUUAGCUGAGCUUCUUCACUCUCCUUCUUCCACAAAGACCCCUAUCUGGGGAAGGUGUACAGCUUUCAAACCCAAGCUCCACAUUUGGCCUUCUCUCAUGCUGUCUCCUCCCAGGGGCCUCUGGGGUUGACUUGUGGUCUUAGAAUUAUGGGGGAAUUUUUUUUUCACCUGAGCACACAAACCCCACAUGAGGCUUGUUCUGCUUUGUUUUCAUUUUGUUUUUGUCCCACCCUUGAAGCAGAAAUCAAACAUGAAAGGCCAUUUUACAACCUACUAUUAUUAAUUUGGCUUUAACAGCACCUGAUGAGCCUGGAGAGAAAACCUGACCUCCUGGAUGUGCUGAGUGAGGCCUGGAAAAGUACCCCGCAGAGUGACCGCCAUUUUGUUUUUGUUAGUCCUGUUGACUUAGAUGUUGCCUUUCAUACUGGCUCAUGAUGGCCUUGAUAGUCAGGCUGACCUUCAUCACAGUUGAAGUGAAAGGCCAAUCUCUGGUUCUUUUUUCCAGCUGAGAAUACUCAUUUCCUCCAGUUUAUCUUUUAAUGCUUAAAUUUUGUUCUUACGUUUUUUUUUUCAUUUGUAUAAUAUGAACUUGCUUGUCUCUUAAGCGAGAUUAUCCUACAGGAAUAUGUAUUUGAUGCUUAAUUUAUUAUCUGUAAAUUCAUGAAUAUAAACCUCAAUGUGUUCGUUGAUGACCAUAUAUCAAUGGGUUUCCCAGUUUUUUCACUGGGCAGCAUCCAUUAUUAAGAGGUCACUGAAAUAUUGACCACUUCCUGGUCCUCUUCUUUUGAGUGUCUGUGAGUUGACUUGAUUACUUUAUAAACUGUUUAGAAAGGGAAGUGUUAAGGGACCCAGAAUCAGAGAGUUAUGUCAGGUAAUAGUUUUCAUCUUAGUGGAAUUAUAAAACCACGAAGGAGUUGAUUAAUAGCAAAAAUAGAAACUAAGGAUAAUAGAUAUGGCAGGGAAAGGGGAUAAAAAUAGAUUAUCCUGAAGCCAAGCAGGAAAUGGGAUUCAGUAGAGGACAAGGGAAAUCUGAUUUUUCUUUCCCAUGGUGUGGUUUGGAUAUGAAUGUUUUUUUAUUAUGUAGUUUUAAGUCCCUUCCAAAAGUAAAGCAUGUCACAUAGAAUUAAUGAUAGGAAGAAAGCAAGCUAGGUAAUGGUUUAAAUGAAUUCCAUAAAUUUCAUUUCUAAAUUAAAGUAUAAAGACAGAUUUUUAAGUUAUUGAUAUUUCUUCAUCAGUUAAAGAAGAAGGUGUGUGGUCCUCUAGGCUUAAGACCAAGAGGUUCAUAGACUUUAAGACCGCUUGACUCAUAGAAAAGGACUUCGGCAGGAACAUAUGAAAAAAGUUGUUGUCUGGAACACAGUACCUGAGGUUCACACAACUUUUCUCUGUUGGUUGUACAUUUGGCCUCAUCAUAGCACUGACCCUUUUCCAUUGUUCUGCCUACUUUCCUAACAGUAAAUCAUGAAACCCAGAUUUAAAUGAGUUGGGAAUACAAAGGGUCAUGUGUGUGACUAGAAUAAGCCAUGUCAUAUCUAAGGGAAUAUAAAGGGUCAUGUGUGUGACUAGAACAAGCCAUGUCAUAUCUAAUUAUUGUAAUACGGGCCAGUUGGAUGGGCUUUGCUACCAGGGAGACAGUAAGGAAGAGCAAGAAGGAUGGGGAAUGACUGAGGGUGGCCAGAGAUUGGUGAUGCUGGGACAAGCGGAGGUGAGGACUGUUGUAAGAAGGCAGCGGUCCAGUAUCAUGGGCUAUAUUUGUACUCUGGAGGUACCCAGGAUUUGUAAAAAGGUUUCACACACUAGCAUCUAACUCAGAUGCUUACACUGCACCAGUUAAACAAAAUGUGCUUAUGAGCUGUUUGCUGUUCAGGGGUCAUCGGCUUGCAAACUGUCUUCUUGGAGGUAGAGUGAUUCUGUAUGUCAGUUAAAUGCAAUCAAGUACAUGCCAGUUUAUGUCCUUGGACAUUGGCCUUUUACCUCACAUCUACUCUGUAUUUUUAUAUGUGAAGCAUUUGGGUAGUUGAUAUAGAAUGCCUACUGCUUCAUUUUAUAAUCUAGAAAACAACACUGCACAAUAUAUGAAAAAGAAAUAGGAAUAUAGCCAUUUUUUCUAGAACCAAUGAAGAUAGAAAUGUUUUAAAUUUGCUGUUAGUCAUUAAUCAGUUGAAAAUGAAUGGGAGGAGAAUUUUAUGCCUUUACAAUUUGCUUAGAACACUGAGGAGGUACAAAAGCUCGGCUAAUGUAGUCCUAAACUUUUUAAUUUCUCGUGUUAAGACACAUCGAAUAAAACACAGAGUCAUUUGUUAAAAACAUAUGAGACAUGCUACUGUGCUCUGAACUGAUCUUAGACCUGAUAACAUACUGGAAUAAUUAUUCCAGGUCAGUAUUCACAGAAAGAAACACGAUUUCCAAGGUUGUGGCAUGCAUUCUGUGGGUUUUACUUUUCUUGAAAUGGCUUCUUCUGAGCUUAGCAUCAACAUUCCACCAGCGUUAUCCCUCUGCCCUCGUCACUCUUCUGGCUCUGGCUCAUGCACACAGCACAGCCUUGCACACCGGAGUUACAAUGCAACACUGGGGACACAGCAGUGGCCUCAUGCUCAUUAGACAAGCCAGGAGCCUUUCACGUUCCUGGAUGCAACAUGAUAGCUGGAGCCAGCUCUUGAGCUGCAUCUUCACAUUACCCAACGAGCCUUUAUCCAAGCUGUGUCUCUGUGGGCUGAUCUUAGGGCAGAGUAACUGAUGCGUACAGAAUUCAGUAUUUUAUUUCUUAUCUGUAGCUGCUUUUUCUAGUCUGUGAGCCCUAAUAGCUUAUGGCAGCAAUUAUAAGAUGCAUUUCUAAACCAUCAAUGGACUUUCUUCCACUGACUAUUUUGUUCUUGAAGUUUUUAAAAGUUAUGAAAAACAUCUGACCGGAGUCUACACACUAAUACCCUUAACCAUUAAAGUCACGCUAAGCACCAAAGACAACGACAACCUGGUGUUAGGGAUUUGCCUCAUUUGCAGAGUCUCAGAUGGAUUUCCACCUCCAGCCAUGGCGUUAGAAAGUGUAAAAAUGAGAAGGAAAAGGCACUGUUAUCUUGGAAUGACAGAGGGAGGGAGGAAGGGAGGGUGAGGGAGAGAGAGAGAGAGAGAGAGAGAGAGAGAGAGAGAGAGAGAGAGCAGAGAGAAGAGGGAGACUAUCUUGUGCUCUACACUAUACAAGUUGGGAGCCAGAAUUCUCUCUUAUCUCAUAGAUCACUGUUCUUAGACAGAUAGAUGGAGUAGGUAGGUGGCUGGAUGAAUAUAGGGAUAAUGUGUAUUUUCUUCUGUUUUUUGUUAAUGUCUGAGUAGAGGUUUUGAUAAUGAGGAACAUUUUAUAAUGUUCUCCCAUUGAUUGUGAUGAAACCAAUAGAUAAAAGGUAGAAAAUCCUUUCUGAUAAUGAGACAGAGAAGAUUCCAGGAGUGGAAGUCUGAGUGUAGCCUAAUUUUCCAAAUAAAGAGGAUUGGGGGAGUACCUUUUCUUCCAGUCAGACAUUUCCUUCUAACUUUGAGAUGCCCCCAACACUGCAAGACUUACAGUCCUGGUCUAUCACAGUGCCUGGCACCCAGUCAACACUCAGGAAGCCUGAGCAGAACUUUCAGUUGGGAUCAUACUGUCCCUUUCAAUGCAAAGUUCAAACUUCCUUCAGCACAUAUUCAACAUCUUCACCAUCCACAUGGCUAUAUUCAGGAGACGUGCAUUCUGGGUAAAGGCAGACAUACUCUAAUUACACCAAUAGCUUAUCAUGAAAGAGGGAAAACAUCAGGCUAUUUGGGGAAAUUGUUAAAGCCAACAAGUGCACAAAAAUAGAUGGAAAAUAGUUUCUGUGACCUUUAAAUUUGAGAAGGAACAAAAAAAAAUCAGAUCAAUGAGAUGAAGUUCUUCAGAGAAUGAAGAGCCAAGAAGAAUGAUGGCGCAGAGCUACCUGAAGCACCCAUGACUCUGCUUAGAACCCAGACUGAAACUUGGACUUCUUUGGAGCCAAUAGAAAACACUGUCCCUGCAUCAUGAGAAACCACUGCACAGUCUGCUCUGCCAGUAUGGUGGGCACAGCGCCGAGCUGCAGCAAAGCCGAGUGUUACAGAGCAUAAUGUUUCAAUAAUGAUGUUCUGUUGGUCCUUAUUCUUGAACAAAUGGAAAAUUAUAUGUGUAAUUCAUCAAUAGCAAUCUGUGAUUAAAGGCCUCAUUAUCACUGAGCACGUAAGCAUAGUGAGAAGCCAGUCAUGAACGCAACGAUGGAUGCUGCUCUGAAACCAGAAGACUCCUUCUGCUCUGUCCAAGCAGAGGCACCGGUGGGCACAGAGGUGGCACCGGAGUCCAGAUGUAAUUGGGGCCACCUGCAGAUUGUGCUGCAUUGUUAAUAGCUGUGAGUCUAGGGAGGUAAGAAGACGGGAGGUUCUCACUGGACAUUUGUGUGCAAAGGUGAUCUCCAGGAGGUAGUCAGGGAUGAGCAAGAACUGUUUCCCAUGAGAGCGUGCUUUCACCAUGAGCAAUGGUGCCGUGCAGCAGAGAACCUGGACUGAGAAGUUCAUGGUCAUCUUUAAGGAUUAAGUCUAAAUUAUCUUCUUAUAUCAUCCCUCCUUCCCAUUUUCAAUUAAAAUAUCGGCACACAUAUUAGAGAUGAAUUAUCAUUAGUCCUGACGUUUGUUCAAGUGAAAGCGGGUUAACACCGGCAGUGGCAGGCUUCCUUGAAACACUUGUUCCCAAACUAAGUGGCCGUUGCAGAGCCAGAAGCAGGGGGAAUGGUGGGACCUUUCAGCUGGCUCGGGGCAUACUUGCCCAGUACUCCUGGGGAUUCCUCUACCUUCUGGGUGAUUGUCGCCUGUAACAGUCCACAGUCAGAGGCACUAUGGGCCAUCUUUUCUGGAGUGGUCAGCCUCAGCCGUUGCCUCUGAGACAUGCAUACUUCCCAGGAGCUGAUGUCUGUGCCUACGCGAGCACUCACCGGCAAGCUCACUAUGGAGUCCUGUGACUGGAAUGGCUUUUAAACAGGUGCUCACGAAGCACACCUCUGCUUACCUUUGCUCCUCUUGUGUACUCUACACUAGGGAUGCGGAUUUGUCUACGACUACCCUUCUCUUCAAAUAGGUAUAGAUGUGAUAUGUACGCUGGUCUAAAAGCAAUCCCAUGUUAAUGCGUGUAGCUUUACAGUGAGCCUCUAUAGCCGAACAUAUCAUCCAGUGAUGGAUUCUAGAAACAGACUGUAGAGAAUUACAUUUCUUUUUGUUUUUUCCUUGCUUGUAGGAUAUUUUAUACAAUUUUAUAUGCUGUAAGAUUUUAAGAUAUUUUUGCUAUUUUCCUUUGUAGACCUUGGCUAGGGUUUUCUCGGCUCUCGUGCUUCCUGUACUAUGACAGCCCUUGCAGCAUUUUUUAAGUGUCAUCUCCCUGCUCUUGUCUCUCAUUUUCUGACGUUUUCCAUGUCUCUUUAGUUAAUUCUGCCCAGAUAAGCCAUUCUACUUGCAAUAUCGUUUGUGCACCAAAUAAGGGGGGCACAUUUUCCAGUGUAAUGGGAAUGAGGAAGUAUUAAGUGUUAAAAGCAAGGCAGAGGUAGGUGUGUGGGGAGGAAGGAGUAGGUUGGGGAAGAGAAUCAAGUAAAAGGAAAUCUAAGUGGGUGAGGGGCAGGGAGACUUAAUCCAAAGCAAAGUGAAUCAUAGGUUAAUACAAUAUCAUUGUCUUCCUUGAGUGUAGGACUUUUUUUUUUCUGUCACAGGAUUUUUCUCCUCUGCAUGUUAGAUUCUUACCUUGAGUCUGUAGACUGACUCUUUGUAGGGAGCAGUCCUGGUCCUGGCUGUGUGGGAAUGAAAGGUGGAGACCCUAAGCCUUAGACUUUGCUGCUGUUCAGAUUCAGAGAGCCAGACUUGUGGGAAGUGUGUGCAACAGUAUCAAGAACACUGAGCAGAACUCUGAAGAAGGCAGACCAUCAGUCUUCCAGAUGUUUUCCCAGAUCGUGCCUCAUGCAUAGCUGUUGGGGAAAAUUAAGAAACUUAUGGUCGUGUACUGCAGAGACCUUCCCUAGAAGGGAGGAAGACUCGCUUGUCUUUACUUUGUGGCACAAUAUCAUAGACUUCUGGGGUGUGAAUGAGUCUCAGGCAGAUAUAAUGCAGAUUUAAACUUGCAUUUGUGUAUCACAGGGCAAGGGGAUCCCCUUCCACUCUGAGGAAGAGCAUUCUGUUCCCUAUGGUGCUGCUGUUUCAUACUCAAAGUUGCUCGCACACUGUAACGUCACACCUCCAAAUGCAGACAAAGCACGGGAUUUGUGUAAAACCAGGAGUGCCAAACUGCUGUUCAAAAUAUUAAAAGUCUCUUUAUUGUCGCUCUUACUGCACAGAAGAGCCUGGUGAUCCUUCAUGGCCAAUUCCUCCCUCGCAUCUAGUAAUAAAUAAAUAAUUGUAUAUUCCUCUAAUUGUCAAAUAAAAACAUGAGUUAACCUCUUAAUUGGAAUGUGAAAACAUGAAAAGGCUGUGUUUUUCUUGCCAUUGUUGCUUGUUGUGGUCCACAUUUUAUGCCAGAUCUGGGGGCUGCCAGAGCCUACUCCGCCCUCCAUCACUUGUAUUCUCCUGAAUCCUGGGCAAUGCCCAAGAAGCAACUGCCUCUACUGCCCAGAGCUGCAUUCACAGAGCAUGACUGUUGUGUCCGUGUAGCUGAGGGUUGUGUUAAAUGGAUUAUCAGAAGUUCAGGUUGCUGUUCCUGGACCUGACCCAGCUCCCGGGUUAUUUUUCACUGAGGACAAUGAUAUUAUAAUCCCUGGAUGUCAGCUUUCAAAUUCUAAACUAUUUUACUUGCUCCAUUCUUGGAAAUAUUCUCCUUUCCUUCAGAAUAGACUAGCAUUAGCCUAGUCAUUAUCUUUGCCUUUGAGGACAGAAGCCAUUUACUGUCAUAAGAUCUGUACCCAGCUGCUAACUUCAAAGCGGCCACUAAGAGGCACCCCCUUGUGGUGAUGAAGUGUACCACACAAUUGCUGCUCAGUGUGGCUCUGCAUAUUGUUUUUGCAUAGUAAUUGCUGUAUCACCACUCGCCUUGUAAAUUAUAGCCUUGAGCAGUGUACUUCUGCC